UGCAGAGAUUUGUUUUUAGCUUAGCUGGAGCACACGAGUGUAAUCGUAACUGAGGUAUAACGAUAAGUUUUUACUUUUUUUCCCCCUCCGAAAACAUUUUUUCCCAACACAUCCUGCAAAGUACCACCUAUCUUGUAAGAUUAACCUGACGCAGAGUUGCCGCCAUGCCAUUGCACCGUGACCGGGAGAAAAAGGAGAGUACAGCUGAGGAGAUGGAGGCGGAGGAACAUGAGCAGGAGGCAUCAAGCUCAGAGGAGGAGGACUCUGACACUUCCUCUGUCUCUGAGGAUGGAGACAGCUCAGAAAUGGAUGAGGUGGACUGUGAGCGGAGAAGAAUGGAGUGUCUGGAUGAAAUGUGCAACUUGGAGAAGCAAUUCACUGAUCUCAAAGACCAGUUGUAUCGUGAGCGUCUCAGUCAGGUUAACAGCAAGCUGGCAGAGGUGGAGGCUGGCCGGGCGGCAGAAUAUCUGGAGCCUCUGGCAGUACUGCUGGAGAACAUGCAGGUCCGCACCAAGGUGGCAGGUAUCUACAGAGAGUUGUGUUUGGAGUCUGUGAAGAACAAGUACGAUUGUGAGAUCCAGGCAGCAUGUCAACACUGGGAGAGUGAGAAGCUGCUGCUGUUUGAUACAGUGCAGAAUGAGCUGGAGGAGAAAAUCCGAAGACUAGAGGAGGACAGGCACAGCAUUGAUAUUACAUCAGAGCUGUGGAAUGAUGAGCUGUCAGGAAGGAAGAAGAGGCGAGAUGCUUUAAGUCCAGAUAAGAAGAGGAGACGCCCGUCGGUGGUGUCUGGUCCAUAUAUUGUCUACAUGCUACCAGAUCUGGACAUCCUAGAGGACUGGACCGCGAUCAGGAAGGCCGUGGCUACGCUCGGGCCUCACAGAGGGAGAUCUGACUCUGAGAGCUCUGCGUUCCCAUUCAGACCUGACAGAAGCAGGCCCAUUCUAAACUGCUGAGACACCCACACAAGCAGCCGCAUAGGAAAAAACACCUCAAGGACCUCCAACACGGAAACCUCUACAUGACACAUGGUGGCAUUCAGGUCUGCAGUCAUAAAAACGCACACAGCAGGACAUUUCUCAGUCUUCACAGAAUCCUCUGCACUUCUCAGCUGACAGUGAUUCCACCUGUCUGUGAGAUGAUUGGUCAAGCUGCCUCUCCUGCCAACCAUCAUGACUUUAAUAGAUAAACAGGAACGGAAGCAUUAUUGAUCACCGCUCGUAUGUUUGGGUAUUGCUGCUUUAUUUCACACUCAGGCUCUGUAGACGGUUUCAGCCGACACAGGUUUUUGUAGUUUGUUAAGAAAACCACAACAAUUAAAACAAACAUCUCAUGUUAAAUGUUAUGAAAACGGCUCAGCGCGUAAAAGCCAUUGAUGCUACAGCUUAAGCAUCACUGAACCUGUUCCUUCAAAAUGCUUUUCAGUCAGUGUUUAGAUUUUGAAUACAUCCAUUCACUUCGGAUGCACAGAUGGCCUUCAUUAAAAAUUUAAAUGCUUCUCAAAGGUCGUAUUCGGUGAGGUUGGUGUCCUCGCUCCACAUUGUGGUUGCCUUGAGUGAGUUAAUUGGUGAGCUUAUGCUGGUAAAAUGGGCGGGAGUAUGAAAAUGAGUCAUUUGUUUAAGCAAACAUUUCAGCCGAGCAUCAAAUUCACAUUAAGUCUGACUUUUUACAGCUUGCAAACUCUGUGUCGAUUAUUGGUUGGUAAAGAAAUCAGUCGUUCUGUGCUCAACAAGGUCGAGGACUUGGUUUGACUUCAGAUUUACCAUGUGUUUUGCUGUAGGUUUUCAAAUUUCAGGCUUCCAGUGACUAAGUGGGGGGAGAAUACAAGUUCAUCAAUGAUGCCAUAAAAUAUAUGGGUUUUUUUGUUUGUCUGUUUUUUUGGCCUUUAAUACAGUUUACUUUGUUUUGAAGACCAUCCAUGAGAUAUUUUACGAAACCAAUAAAAGGGGUUAUUUGGAAAAGAGUAAUGCACAGAAUUCCUGUCAGUGAGCUGACUUACAAAGACUUUUUGUCAUUAGUGUAAGAGUAAAAACAGGCAUUUUUCUUUUCAGUCUGUCUUGUUCAUACAGUACAGUGUUUAUGGACAGUCAAGGCACAUUCCUCUGGCUUGUAGUGAUGGAAUGCUAAAACAGCAGUCUCUGUAAUGUGCUGAAAUAAUUAUCCACCAAUACCAGAUCUUACUUUGAAGGAAGUGAGCCAGAUCUGUGCUGAGACUGACCAGAAAGUUUCAUUAAAUUCUGUUUGGUUAUUUUAGCAUAAUCCAGUGGAUAUAAAGAGCAGAAGGUGGACUAUUUUAAGUGAGGGCUAAAUGUAAUGUAUAAACAGCACAUGAA